UGAAGUGCCCCCUUGAUCUUUGAGUGCUAUGUUGUGUAUAUAAACAGGGCGUCCAGACAUUCCGGUUUAAAACAAUGAAUUCGGCGAUGAUCUUUGGGUUACUUACACUAGUGAUACUGUAUUCUGUGUCUGGAGAAAAGACAACGGAGCAGAUAGAGACUUAUUUGUGUAAAUAUGGAUACUUGAUUGAAAACUGCAACACCAAUCGACUGGCCAGUGAAGAAAAUAGAAUAUACGCAAUCAAAUGGUGGCAAAUGUUCAGCAAUCUCGAGGUCACAGGGGUCAUCGGUCCCGCAGACGAAGAGGUCAUGAACAAACGAAGAUGUGCUUGUGAAGAUGUUAUGCAAAAGGAUGAGGUCAUGAACCCUGAACUUCAACCUCAACAAUUCAAUCUUGGCCCAAAAUGGCGGAAAACAGAUCUGACGUGGAAAAUUACCAAAUAUACCAGACAGCUUGAUCAAAGUAAAACUCGGAGAGAGAUUGCUCGAGCACUGAGGCAUUGGGCCGAUGUGACUCCACUAACCUUCAGGGAGGUCGCCGGCGAGUCCGAUAUAACCAUUUCCUUCGAGGUUCGAAAUCACGGGGACGGUGUCAGCAAUUCCUUUGAUGGCCGCGGUAGAGUACUCGCGCAUGCUUUUUUCCCAUCCAAUGGCGAUGUCCACUUUGAUGACGAUGAAAACUGGGGGUUUGGUGACGAAGUGGGAAACACCAAGACCGAUUUCUUCACGGUGGCGGUGCAUGAGUUUGGUCACACCAUGGGGUUGUUUCACUCAGACGUACAGGGGGCGCUCAUGUACCCGUAUUAUUCCGGAUAUAACGCGAGUUUCACGCUGCAUGACGAUGACGUGAAAGGGAUGCAGAGUUUGUACGGUCCGCCAACAGGGAGGCCGCUGACCACCCCCUAUCCUAUGACAACAUCUCGCCCCACCACACCAGCACCUCGGCCUCGAAUCACCCCGGCACCUACCCCCAGACCUACCCCAAGACCAGAAAUUCCGGAAUUUUGUAACGUUCAGAUACAAGCUGCUGUCAGAGAUUUUGAUGGUACGCUGUUUGUGUUCACCCAAGGCAAUUACGUCAUGAGAAUAACAGAGAGAGGCUUCCUAGACAGAAUUCGAACCAAUAACCUCUUUCGGCGUGCCCCAUGGUCUAUGGACGCAGCCUAUAGUAUUCCAAGUCUUGGUCGCACUUAUUUUAUGCGAGGUCAAAGACUUUGGGAGUUUGACCGAAUGAGGAAUCCUAUGGGUACAAUAUUGGUACAAGGCGGCCCUCGAACAAUGCCCGAGAGACCACGGGCCGUGAUCGCCACAUCUGCCUCCGGAAAUGACGUAGAAGUGUUUGGAAGUGGUAUCCUUUGGAGGAUGAAAAUGAAUGGCGAAGUUAUAGUUGGAUCUCAUCGUUACAUUUCCAGUCAGUACAGUGGAGUUCCGAGUAUGAUCGAUGCUGCCGUAAGAUGGGACUCCCGAACUGUUUAUUUCUUUAAAGGAAACAGAUAUUAUAAAUAUGACACCAGUCGCCGAACUGUACGGGUAGGAGAUUUUGGCCCUGCCUUCUUAAAAGGGGAAUGUGGUGAUGCUCCCAGAUAAAAAUGGCUGACCGCUCACCGGAAGUGACUUUGCACAGUCAUUAAUAAUAAUAAUAAUAAUUUAACAAUUAGAUUUUAUAUUACACUGACGAAAGUGUCUAAAUUGAUUUAUAUAAAUUAUAAGAUUUUUCGUUUUCCCAGUUGUUUUGUUUUCAGUAAACCAUCACGUAAAUGACA